CGUGGGUUAGACCCUGAAGACAUUAGGGACAGCUGUAGGUGGCAGGAGGAGGGGCGAUAAAUUUGACUGUUCUUCUUUAGUUUCUUCAGUUGCAGGUACAACUAUGUUCCUAUUACAGAGAAUUAAGGAACAGAAGGAUUACAUUGCUUCCUCAAGGACAACUGAUUGUAAAUGAAAACGCACCUUCCCUAUGCUGGAAAGCAGUGGUUCCUGGCUCAGGAAGACAAUCUCAGAAACAUGUGGAAUGAGAUUGAACUGUUGACAAGUGAUGAUACAGGAAGUGGGUACCUAAGUGUUGGUUCAAGAAAAGAACACGGAACUGCUUUAUAUCAAGUUGAUUUGCUAGCAAAGAUCUCCUCUGAAAAGGCCUCAUUAAAUCCAAAAAUACAAGCAUGCAGCUUAAGUAAUGGGUUUAUUAUUGUCGUAGACCAAUCUGUGAUCCUGCUUGACAGUGUUUGUAGAUUGCUUCAACUGCAUCUUAUAUUUGAUACUGAAGUGGAUGUAGUUGGCCUCUGUCAAGAAGGAAAGUUCCUUUUGGUUGGGGAGAGAAGUGGCAACUUACAUCUUAUUCAUGUAACAUCAAAGCAAACAUUACUCACUAAUGCUUUUGUUCAGAAAGCUAAUGAUGAAAAUCAGUGUACUUACCGGAAUCUUGUUAUUGAGAAAGACAGUUCAAGUGAAGGUACCUAUUAUAUGCUGCUGCUUACAAACAAUGGAUUUUUUUGUAUUACAAACCUUCAACUUGCAAAAAUUCAACAAGCAAUUGAGAAUGUAGACUUCAAUACAGCAAAAAAGUUACAAGGACAAAUCAAGUCUGGUUUUAUUUCUACUGAAAAUUAUCAUACUCUUGGUUGUCUCAACCUUGUGGCUGGAGAUUUAGCAAGUGAAAUUCCUGUGAUAAUUGGGGGAACCGGUAAUUGUGCAGUCUCAAAAUGGGAACCAGACUCUUCAAAAGAAGGAAUGACAGUUAAGAAUGUUCUUAAUACAGAGAUUAUUAAAGGUGCAAAGAAGUUCCAGUUGAUAGACAAUCUACUUUUUGUUCUUGAUACUGAUAAUGUGCUGAGCGUCUGGGAUAUUUACACUCUGAUUCCCAUAUGGAACUGGCCCUCUCUUCACAUCGAAGAGUUUCUUCUUACCACAGAAGCAGAUUCUCCUUCAUUAGUCACCUGGCAAGGGAUUACAAAUCUCAAAUUAGUAGCUCUGACAACUACUACUGAUAAGAAGAUGAAAAAUCUCAUGGUUUAUUCAUUACCUACGAUGGAAAUACUGUAUUCUUUGGAAGUAUCUAGCGUUUCCUCUCUGGUCCAAUCCGGAAUUAGCACAGAUACCAUAUACCUUCUGGAAGGAAUUUGCAAAAAUGAUUCAAAAUUAUCUGAAGACUCGGUCUCUGUCGUGGUACUCAGGUGUCUUACAGAAGCUUUACCAGAAAACAGAUUGAGUCGGUUACUUCACAAACACAGAUUUGCUGAAGCAGAGAGCUUUGCUAUUCAGUUUGGACUAGAUGUUGAGCUUGUUUACAAGGUGAAAUCCAAUGAUAUAUUAGAGAGAUUAGCCUUGAGUUCUGCAGACACCAGCGAGCAGACCGAAUGGCAAAAACUCGUAGAUGAAGCUAAGGAAAAUCUACAUAAAAUCCAGGAUGAUGAAUUUGUGGUGAAUUACUGCUUGGAGGCUCAGUGGCUAACCUAUGAAACAACCCAGGAAAUGCUAAAUUAUGCCAAAACCAGGCUUUUGAAAAGAGAAAAUAAAACUGUUCCUGUCUAUUCUGAUGGUUUAAAAGAGGUACUAAGGGCUCAUGCAAAAUUGACUACUUUUUAUGGAGCAUUUGGACCAGAAAAAUUCAGUGGUAGUUCUUGGAUUGAAUUUCUGCAUAAUGAAGACGACCUUAAGGAUAUCUUUUUACAGCUAAGAGAAGGAAACCUUGUUUGUGCACAGUACCUUUGGCUUCGACAUCGGGCAAAUUUUGAAAGCAAAUUUGACGUGAAAAUGCUUGAGAACUUGCUCAACUCAAUUUCUACACCAGUCUCUUUGCAAAAGCUUUGCCCAUGGCUUAAAAAUGAUGUGAUCCCAUUUGUGAGAAGGGCUGUACCUGAAGGGCAGAAAAUUCUUGCAAAAUGGUUGGAACAGGCAUCCAGGAACCUUGAAUUAACUGAUAAGGCAAAUUGGCCCGAAAAUGGACUUCAACUGGCGGAGGUAUUUUUUACAGCAGAAAAACCAGAUGAGUUGAUGUUGAUGUCCUGUUGGCAUUGGAUUUCCUUGAAGGAUUAUCAAAAUACAGAGGAAGUAUGUCAGCUAAGGACUUUGGUAAAUAACUUGCAGGAGUUGAUCACAUUGCAUAGGAAAUACAACUGCAAAUUGGCCCUCUCUGAUUUCGAGAAGGAGAAUACAACCACCAUUGUGUUCCGCAUGUUUGAUAAAGUGUUAGCCCCAGAGCUGAUUCCUUCCGUCUUAGAGAAGUUUAUACGAGUUUACAUGCGGGAACAUGGCUUACAAGAGGAGGAACUUCUCCUGCUCUACAUAGAGGAUUUAUUGAAGAGAUGUAGCUCAAAGUCCACAUCACUCUUUGAAACUGCGUGGGAAGCAAAAGCCAUGGCAGUAAUAGGAUGUUUGUCGGAUACAGAUCUCAUCUUCGAUGCUGUGCUUAAGAUAAUGUAUGCGGCGGUGGUUCCCUGGAGUGCAGCUGUGGAGCAGCUGGUGAGACAGCACUUAGAAAUGGACCAUCCCAAAGUCAAGUUAUUGCAGGAAAGUUACAAACUAAUGGAGAUGAAAAAACUUUUACGAGGCUAUGGAGUAAGGGAGGUGAACCUCCUAAAUAAGGAAAUCAUGAGGGUGGUCAGAUACAUUCUCAAGCAAGAUGUCCCAUCUUCUUUAGAAGAUGCUUUGAAGGUGGCUCAAGCAUAUAUGUUGCCUGAUGAUGAAAUUUACAGUCUAAGGAUUAUUGACCUGAUUGAUAGAGAACAGGGUGAAGACUGUGUCCUUCUGUUGAGGUCUUUGCCUCCUGCUGAAGCUGAGAAAACUGCAGAACGGGUAAUCAUAUGGGCACGGUUGGCAUUACAAGAAGAACCAGAUAAUUCUAAAGAGGACAAGGCCUGGAGAAUGUCCGUAGCGAAGACAUCUGUAGACAUUCUUAAAAUACUGUGUGACAUCCGGAAAGACAAUCUACAGAAGAAGGAUGAAUGUGAAGAAAUCCUGAAACUAUUUAAAGUUGUUGCUAGCUUACAGGUGAACUUCGAGGUCUUCCUGUCCUUUGGAGCUUACAGCAACAGUGCCCUGAUCGCAGAGCUCCGGGAGCAGUACAUCAAAGCUCACGAGGUCACACAGACCAAACACAAAUCCCGGGGCACUGCAGAGCCUGCAGCUACGGAGGACAAGAGCCUUAGCGCUGAGUCCAAGCUACACAGACAGGCACUGGUGCUGCCGGUUUCCGUGCAAGAGCGGGAGGCCGAGCUGACCUUGAGAGCCUUAAACCACGGGAAUCUGGACGCAGCACUGAGAAGGUGCAGAGACUUAUUUAAGUAUCACUGCAACGCAGACACCGGAAAAUUGCUGUUUCUGACGUGUCAGAAGCUUUGUCACAUGGUGGCUAACGACGUUCCGAUGGCAACACCUGUCGGCCUCAAUCUUCCUUCGGAAAUACAUGCUCUAGCUUGCCAAGCUGCCACCAUCUGCAGCCCAGAUUUUUUACUAGAUGCUUUAGAACUAUGUAAAUAUACCUUAACAGCAGUAGAGCUUUCCAGACAGUGCCAAAUGGAUGACUGUGGAAUUCUAAUGAAAACCUCCUUCGGAACUCACAAAGAUCCAUAUGAAGAGUGGUCUUACAGUGACUUCUUCAGUGAAGAUGGGAUAGUACUUGAGUCACAGAUGGUGCUCCCGGUGAUUUAUGAAUUGAUUGCAUCACUCGUGCCUCUCACUGAAAGCAAGAGACAUUCCUUGGAUUCUACAAGUUUACCAUACCGCUCUAUUAAUGAAGGAGACAAUCUUAUUUUACCUAUUAUAAACUCCAUCUCUGCCCUGCUCCAGAACCUUCAGGAAUCUAGCCAGUGGGAGCUGGCCCUAAGAUUUGUCAUUGGUUCAUUUGGUACCUGUCUUCAGCACUCUGUGUCAAGCUUCAUGAAUGCCAGUCUGAGUGGAAAGUUGUUUGGAGAGGCUACAUUAGUUAAAUCAAAGCAUGUUGUUAUGGAAUUGAAAGAGAAAGCCGUUACAUUUAUCAGGGGAAAUGCUACAACAUUAUUGCACAAAGUGUUUAACUGUCGCCUGGUGGAUCUUGACUUGGCCUUGGGUUACUGCACUCUCUUACCCCAAAAAGAAGUGUUUGAAAAUCUCUGGAAGCUCAUAGAUAAAGCAUGGCAUAAUUAUGACAAAAUUUUGGCAAUAUCUCUGGUGGGCUCUCAGCUGGCCAGGCUCUAUCAGGAAAUAGAAACGGAGCUUAAGUUCCGUGAGCUCAGUACUGAUGCCCGGUGGGGUAUUCGUCUUGGCAAACUUGGUAUUUCUUUCCAGCCAGUUUUCAGGCAACAUUUUCUCACCAAGAAGGACCUCAUUAAAGCUCUCGUGGAGAAUAUAGAUAUGGACACAAGUCUCAUUCUGGAAUAUUGCUGCACAUUUCAGUUAGACUGUGAUGCAGCUCUCCAGCUAUUCAUCGAAACACUGCUACACACCAGUGCCAGCCAGAGCCAGGGAGACGUGAGUGCGCAGUCCGCAAAGCAUCAGCACCCCAGACUCCUGGCCAAAGCCCUGGAAAUGGUUCCUCUACUGACAAGCACAAAAGAUUUGGUCAUCAGUCUUAGCGGGAUACUCCACAAGUUGGAUCCCUAUGACUAUGAAAUGAUUGAAGUCAUCCUAAAAGUUAUAGAAAGAGCCGAUGAAAAGAUAACCAACAUUAAUAUUAAUCAGGCAUUGAGUCUUCUGAAACAUUUGAAAUCAUACAGAAGAAUAUCUCCUCCAGUGGACUUAGAAUAUCAGUAUAUGUUGGAGCAUGUGAUAAGUUUGCCAUCAGCCGCCCAAACUAGACUGCCUUUUCACCUAAUAUUCUUUGGCACAGCACAGAACUUCUGGAAAAUUCUCUCUACAGAACUCAGUGAAGAAUCUUUCCCAACACUGCUCUUAAUUUCUAAAUUAAUGAAGUUCUCUUUGGACACUCUGUACGUGUCUACAGCCAAGCAUGUUUUUGAAAAAAAAUUGAAGCCGAAGCUCCUGAAGUUAACACAAGCUAAAUCCUCAGUGCUGAUUAACAAGGAAAUAACUAAGAUCACUCAAACCAUUGAAUCCUACUUACUGUCUAUAGUUAACCCAGAGUGGGCUGUGGCUAUUGGAAUCAGUCUUGCCCAGGAUAUCCCAGAAGGUUCCUUCAAGAUGUCCAGCCUGAAAUUCUGCCUGUAUCUAGCUGAGAGAUGGCUGCAGAAUAUCCCAUCUCAGGAUGAAACACGUGAAAAAGCAGAGGCUUUGUUGAAGAAGCUUCAUAUCCAGUAUCGGCGGUCAGGCACUGAAGCCGUGCUCAUAGCCCACAAGCUGAACUUGGCAGAGUAUCUGAGAGUCAUAGGAAAACCUGCACAUCUCCUUGUCAGUCUGUACGAACACCCGAGCAUCAGUCAGCGAAUUCAGAACUCGUCCAGCAAAGACUAUCCCGAUAUUCACACAGCUGCCAAAGAAAUUGCUGAAGUUAAUGAAAUUAAUUUGGAGAAGGUCUGGGACAUGUUGUUGGAGAAGUGGCUAUGCCCGCCCACAAAGCCUGGGGAGAAACCGUCAGAAUUAUUUGAACUUCAAGAAGAUGAAGCACUACGAAGAGUCCUGUAUCUCCUUCAGUCUCGUCCAAUUGAUUACAGUUCAAGAAUGCUGUUCGUGUUUGCAACAUCAGCUACAACUACCCUGGGUGUGCGCCAGUUAACUUUUGCCCACAGAGCACGAGCUCUUCAGUGUCUCCUGUAUUUGGCCGACAAAGAAACUAUAGAAUCUCUCUUCAAAAAACCCAUAGAAGAAGUGAAAUCUUACUUGAAAUGCAUAACUUUUCUGGCGUCAUUUGAGACUUUGAAUAUCCCCAUCACAUAUGAAUUAUUUUGCAACAGUCCUAAAGAAGGAAUGAUUAAGGGUCUAUGGAAAAACCACAGCCAUGAAUCCAUGGCAGUCAGAUUGGUGACUGAACUUUGUUUGGAGUACAAAAUCUAUGACCUGCAGCUUUGGAAUGGACUCUUGCAGAAGCUUCUUGGCUUCAAUAUGAUUCCUUAUCUAAGGAAAGUUUUAACCGCCAUCUCUAGUAUCCAUUCUUUAUGGCAGGUUCCCUACUUCAGCAAAGCUUGGCAGCGUGUGGUUCAGGUACCCCUAUUUUCAGCGUCUUGUCCUCUGAGCCCCAGUCAGUUAUCAGAUUGUUGUGAGAGUCUCGUCGCUGUUCUAGAAUGUCCAGUUUCAGAUGAUCUCGACAUGGUUGGAGUAGCCAGGCAGUAUGUCCAGUUAGAGCUUCCGGCUUUUGCACUGGCCUGUCUAAUGCUUAUGCCCCACUCGGAAAAAAGACAUCAGCAAAUUAAGAAUUUUCUGGGCUCAUGCAAUCCUCAGAUCAUUUUACAGCAAUUAGAAGAGCAUAUGAAUACUGGCCAGUUGGCAGGAUUUUCACAUCAAAUUAGAAAUCUAAUUCUGAAUAAUAUCAUAAGUAAGAAGGAGUUUGGGAUUUUGGCGAAGACAAAAUACUUUCAAGUGUUGAAAUUGCACAUGAUGAAUACCAACAACAUCACUGACCUGGUAAACUAUCUGGCAAGUGAAUUAAGUUUGGAUGAGGCUUCAGUCUUUAUAACUGAAUAUGCAAAGCAUUGUGGGAAACCUGCAGCACCAGAUUCCCUGUGGAAUCCUGAAGAUGUUUCUUAGUGGAUCAUAGUGGAUCAUCCAACCUUUUUUAAGAACAAAGGGAAGCCUGGAGUCUACUAUUAACUAAUCAUAUUUAUUACAGUUUUAAAAUUGUACAACUGAUAUAUUAUAACUUGUCAAAUGUUAACCAGCAAAUAACAACUAAGGUGCUUCAUAGCAGUAUGAUUAUCCCAUAAAGAACUCAUGUCUUGAAUUAAUAAACCUUUUCUUUA